AUGGCAUUAAUUGCCGCCGCAUCUUGCUCGACUUCAAUCAACCUCCAUUUGCCGAGCGACCUCAUCUGGACCCUUGCAAUGUCGCGCUCCCGCUCGGCUGCGCCCGUCAACGGCACCCUGCCCGCCAGUCUCAUCCUCGGCUCGCGCGAGCAAAAGCAAUACCGUCGCUUCCAGGCCCAAAGCAGCAAUGUACGCUCUCAAGCUCUGGGCGCACUCCCAACAGCUGAGCAAUACGCCGCCUUCCAAUCCUGGUGCCAGAAAAAUGACUCGGGCUACUUCUCCGAUACUCCAUUGGGCGACCUGAUCUCCUCUAUUCACCGCGACGUGCAAAGCCAGAAAGACGGCAAGACAGUCGGCGCAGCCUGCGGCCAUGUGUUGCAUGAGACGCAGUGGCACAAUAGCACCCGCCAAACCGUCGAGCGCUGUCCCGUUUGUACAGUCCAAAUGCAUACCGUCUAUAUGGACAUGCUCAUGCAGGCGCUGAAGAAGGCGGGCGGAUGGAUGGAGCAGCGAUGGGAAGCUGCACCGUCCAACAACCCUGUUCUCGAAGCCUUCUAUGCCGGCAAGAUCGCCCUCAUCCGCGCCAUCGCCGAUAUCGAGGAGCUUGCAGUCGCGGAAGAGAACUGGGACGAAUCAAAUCCCGCCUCCGACAUUGACGCCGACCCCACCAAAAUCAAGACUGCACAGGACGCAUUGCGCAUGUACUGGGCUAGCGUGGAGAGCUCCGCAUCCGAUACCUCAUCGUCAUCAUCGCCUUCCAUGUCCUGCUCUUCCUCGUUUUCUUCAUCAUCCUCAAUCUCGGGCGAAGAGGGACCGCGGAAAAAGCAGAAGACGCAGGCCAUCACCUUUGAUGAGAAUACCUCUUUCGAGCGAGGCAGGCAUCAGCACUACUUUUGGCGCAAGUCCCCCCGCUACGAAGCUGGCGGCAAAUACGAGGUCGUCUCCACUCAACCCUCCGACACCGAGUCCGAUACCGAUUGCGACUCUGACUCUGAUGGAGAGGAUUCGCGCUUGGCAAUCCGUUUGGACUGCAAGGAGCUACCCUUUCCGGCAACGACUGUGCUUGAGAAUGACGGAGCCAAAGGAGGCGAUGCUGAGAUGAAAGAUGACAGCAGCGACAGUGAGAGCGAGGAUGACGAAGAGAGUGACUGCGUCUACGAGACGGAUUCUGAAGACGACGAGGAAGAUAUUCAUGUCGACGACCCCGAAGAGGGCAGCUUCAUCGAAUUCGGCUACUAAACGUGUCGCUAUUCUAUCGACACAGCAUGCUACAGGCGUUUUGUUUUAUUCCAUCAUCAAAAACUGGGGCAAUCAAGCCGGCGUUAUACCAUGGGAAAAGGCGUUAUUAUCAAUGGGGAAACAGGGACGAGGGCAACCUCCAUUAUUUUCUCACCUUUCUUUCCCUCUCUCUCUUACAGGCUCGGCUCAUGCCACGAUACCCCAAUCUUUCCUUUUCCCUCCUUUCUCUUUCUGCAUAUUUCGAGGUGGCGGUGCGACGAACUGCGUAAGAAAGUCUCUUUUGAAGAGGCCUCGCACUCGCGUAGAUAAAAGGUCUUUGGAUAAUCAGAAGGAGAGAGAAUGUGUGUGUGUGGAAAUUGUUACCCACGAUCAAGAUGACCAUACCAAUGUCGACUAU